CUGCACAGGGCAGGGCAGAACUGCAUGGAUAAAAAAACAGAACUCCUCCUUUUUCACACAAACGGCAGGAAGAAGUGACGAGACGUCCACACCUAAACCUGCUCAUGUUAAUGUAUUUGUACAUUUGUGACAAAAAUAAGGAAGAUGAUUCAGUUAAUGCGACAUUUAUUUAUGAAACAGGGAAUUCUUGAGUGUUUGUAGAAAGCGUUUGGAACUAAACGUGCUGAGCCUGAGCACAGGCGGAACAAACAUGAGCAAGUGAGUCUGCUGUCUGACAGCCAAACAAGAAACCAACAGAAUGGCCUCCAGUGCAUCGCAGUCUGAGGUGGACUGUACCUGCCCUGUGUGCUGUGAUAUAUUUACGGAUCCUGUGCUCUUGUUGUGCGGUCACAGCUUCUGUAAGGACUGUCUGCAGCAGUGGUGGAGACAGAGUAGACUCCAGACAUGCCCGGUCUGUAAGGAAAUAUUUCCGAUGGCUCAGCCUCCACGUAAUCUGGCACUGAGAAACCUGUCUGACACCUUGAGACGAGAGAGGAGUCAGAGAGCGAACUCAGGGUCUGAGGAGAUGUGCAGUCUGCACGGUGAGAGGCUGAAGCUCUUCUGUCAGGAUGAUCAACAGCUCAUCUGCCUGAUUUGUCGAGAUUCACAAAAACACAAGAAACACAACUGCUUCCCCAUCAAUGAAGCAGCAGAAGCCUACAGGGCUCAACUCAAGCUUAAGACACUGCAUUUGAAAACCAAACUGGGGUCGUUUCAAGCACACAAACUCAACUAUGACAAAAUGGCCGGCCACAUCAAGCUCCAGGCUCAGCAGACUGAGAAGACGAUCAAAGAGGAGUUUCUGAAGCUUUACCAGUUCCUGCGAGCAGAGGAGGCUGCCAGGAUUGAUGCAGUGAGGAAAGAGGCGACGCUCAAGAGUGAAGCGGUGAACAUCAGGAUUGUUAAUCUGACUGCAGAGAUCUCCUCGCUUGAAGACAGAAUCAGAACCACAAAGAGGGAGAUGAUGGCUGAGGACAUCUCAUUUAUGCUGAAUGUCAGAUCCACAAUGAAGCGAUCCCAGUGCAACCUGCCAGACCCAGAGACUCCAUCAGGAGCCCUGAUGGACGAGGCCAAACACCUGGGGAACCUGCUGUUCACAGUCUGGAGGAAGAUGAAGGACAUAAUCCAAUACACUCCUGUAACUCUGGACCCCAACACUGGCGACCCGCUAUUGAUUAUAUCAGAACACAUGACCCGUUCGACAGAGAACUUCAAGACUAAGCCGCUUCCUAGAAACCCAGAGAGGCUGCAGAACUCAGACAUUCUCGGCACUGAAGGCUUUAGCUCUGGAAAACACAGCUGGGAUGUGGAGGUGGGGCUGGACUGUUGGGCUGUUGGUGUGGCUGCUAGAACCAAGAAUCCAAAAGGGUUCUGGGGCAUCCUCAGACAUGAUGUGCACAUUCUGUUAGAACAUAUUCAAGAGGAUUAUGACAGACUUGACUUAGAGGGUUCAAUGCCCCAAAAGAUCAGAGUGCAUCUAGAUUAUGACCAAGGCUUACUGUCAUUUUUUGACCUUGGUAGGAAAAGACCUGUACACACCAUCAAAUACACUUUCACAGAAACAGUCUCUCCAUAUUUUCGUGGGAAUGUGAAAAUCCUCCCAGCUGUAGUGUCAGUGAAGAUAAGACAGUAGAUGUAUAAUGUUUUCAGUGGCUGUGGAAGAGAUUUCUUAAAGGCGCUGUAUGUAAGAAUGUGGCCAAAACGGUUACUGCACUCAAAUUCAAAAUACUGCCACGAGUCGUGUCCGCCCCCCCUCCCCUACAGAUUCGAGGUUGCUGGACAGCGGCUCGGUUUUCCAGCGGACCAUUCGAGCAAGUCCGGCUUCUCUGCUGCUAACGCUGCUGCCGGGAUACAGCUGAGGAGGAGCCGGCUGCUAAUGCUAUGUACCGGGACACUGCUAAUGCUGCUUGCCGUGCUGCUGUAGCUCAGUCGUAACUGUAACUGAUGCUGAGACUAACAUUAUUCCUUAGUCUCUGUGACAUAUUAGGAUGAUUUUACGACUGUUUGCUUUAGAUUUCUUACAUAUAGCUCCUUUAAGUUUCUAAAAAUAACCCUGAUGUCACUGGAUUUACCUCAGCUUGGAAUUUCAAUUUUUUGUUUUUAACAGCCUGCAUUAUGGGAAAUGUAGGAUCCACUGCAGGGUUAGAGAGGGAAGACUAAAUAUAUGAAUCUGUUAAAAGUUUGAGUUUUUGAAAUCAUGUCAUUUUAUGAUGCACUCUGAACUACUACUUUAAUCAUGUCAAUAUUUGUGAUCAGACAUUAAAAUAAUAAAGACAAUUUUCCUGAGUCCUUCUGUUUCUGAACUGAGGGUGUAAAGACAGACAGUGUACAAACUGAAACAGAAAUCAGUCAGAUAAGAAGAAUUAUUUCUCUCCAUCUCUCUGUAUGGAAUUAUGACACUAAAUUAUUGUAGAGUCAGUUUAUUAUAAUUCAUUGAAUGUUGUAAGCAGAUUGUAGAGCUGAAUAUAUGAAUUUGUUGAAAGUUUGAGUGUUUGAAAUCAAUUCUAGUUUAAUUUUAUGAUGAACUCUGAAUGUAUCCAGUGUUAUGAUUAAAUUUCAUAUAUCAGCUGUUUUUAAUGCUGAUAUAUGAAACAGACUGUUAGAGUUUUAUCAUGUAAAUAUUUUGAGAUCAGACUCAUUGAAAUAAUAAAGACAAUUGUAAUGUUUCA